AUGACUCCUACAGGGCCUACCACCACUACCACUGUGGCACCGCCAUCUACAACAACAGAGACUUCCACUGCCAGCUCUACGACUACGACUCCUACAGUGCCUACCACCACUACCACUGUGACACCGCCAUCUACAACUACAGAGACUUCCACUGCCAGCUCCACGACUCCUAUAGUGCAUACAUCCACUACCACUGUGACACCACCAUCUACGACAACAGGAACUCCUAUAGUGCCUAGCACCACUACAACUGUGACUCCACCAUCUACGACAACAGAGACUUCCACUGCCAGCUCUGCGACUACUACAGUGACGACCACGACUCCUACAGAGCCUAGCACCAUUACCACUGUGACACCGCCAUCUACAACAACAGAGACUUCCACUGCCAGCUCUACGACAAUGACUCCUACAGGGCCUACCACCACUACCACUGUGGCACCGCCAUCUACAACAACAGAGACUUCCACUGCCAGCUCUACGACUACUACUCCUACAGUGCCUACCACCACUACCACUGUGACACCGCCAACUACAACUACAGAGACUUCGACUGCCAGCUCUACAACUACUACAGUGACACCUAUGACUCCUACAGUGCCUACCACCACUACCACUGUGACACCACCAUCUACGACAACAGGAACUCCUAUAGUGCCUAGCACCACUACCACUGUGACACCGCCAUCUACGACAACAGAGACUUCCACUUCCAGCUCUACGACUACUACAGUGACGACCACGACUCCUACAGUGCCUAGCACCAUUACCACUGUGACACCGCCAUCUACAACAACAGAGACUUCCACUGCCAGCUCUACGACAAUGACUCCUACAGGGCCUACCACCACUACCACUGUGACACCACCAUCUACAACUACAGAGACUUCCACUGCCAGCUCCACGACUCCUAUAGUGCAUACAUCCACUACCACUGUGACACCACCAUCUACGACAACAGGAACUCCUAUAGUGCCUAGCACCACUACCACUGUGACACCGCCAUCUACAACAACAGAGACUUCCACUGCCAGCUCUACGACAAUGACUCCUACAGGGCCUACCACCACUACCACUGUGACACCACCAUCUACAACUACAGAGACUUCCACUGCCAGCUCCACGACUCCUACAGUGCCUACCACCACUACCACUGUGACACCACCAUCUACGACAACAGGAACUCCUAUAGUGCCUAGCACCACUACCACUGUGACACCGCCAUCUACGACAACAGAGACUUCCACUGCCAGCUCUACGACUACUACACUCUACGACAAUGACUCCUACAGGGCCUACCACCACUACCACUGUGGCACCGCCAUCUACGACAACAGAGACUUCCACUGCCAGCUCUACGACUACUACUCCUACAGUGCCUACCACCACUACCACUGUGACACCGCCAACUACAACUACAGAGGCUUCGACUGCCAGCUCUACAACUACUACAGUGACACCUACAACUCCUACAGUGCCUACCACCAUUUCCACUGUGACACCGCCAUCUACGACAACAGAGACUUCUACAACUUCCACUGCCAGCUCUACGACAAUGACUCCUACAGGGCCUACCACCACUACCACUGUGGCACCGCCAUCUACAACAACAGAGACUUCCACUGCCAGCUCUACGACAAUGACUCCUACAGGGCCUACCACCACUACCACUGUGGCACCGCCAUCUACGACAACAGAGACUUCCACUGCCAGCUUUAUGACUACUACUCCUACAGUGCCUACCACCACUACCACUGUGACACCGCCAACUACAACUACAGAGACUUCGACUGCCAGCUCUACGACUACUACAGUGACAACCACGACUCCUACAGUGCCUACCACCACUACCACUUGCCUACCACCACUACCACUGUGACACCACCAUCUACGACAACAGAAACUCCUACAGUGCCUAGCACCACUACCACUGUGACACCGCCAUCUACAACAACAGAGACUUCCACUGCCAGCUCUACGACCAAGACUCCUACAGUGCCUACCACCACUACCACUGUGACACCGCCAUCUACGACAACAGAGACUUCUACAGUGCUUAGCACAACUACCACUGUGACACCGCCAUCUACGACAACAGAGACUUCCACUGCCAGCUCUACGACUACUACAGUGACGACCACGACUCCUACAGUGCCUAGCACCAUUACCACUGUGACACCGCCAUCUACAACAACAGAGACUUCCACUGCCAGCUCUACGACAAAGACUCCUACAGUGCCUACCACCACUACCUCUGUGACACCGCCAUCUACGACAACAGAGACUUCCACUGCCAGCUCUACGACAACGACUCCUACAGUGCCUACCACCACUACCACUUUGACACCGCCAUCUACGACAACAGAGACUUCCACUGCCAGCUCUACGACUACUAUUCCUACAGUGCCUACCACCACUACCACUGUGACACCGCCAACUACAACUACAGAGACUUCGACUGCCAGCUCUACAACUACUACAGUGACACCUACAACUCCUACAGUGCCUACCACCAUUUCCACUGUGACACCGCCAUCUACGACAACAGAGACUUCUACAGUGCCUAGCACCACUACCACUGUGACACCACCAUCUACGACAACAGAAACUUCCACUGCCAGUUCUACGACUACUACAGUGACGACCACGAGUCCUACAGUGCCUACCACCACUACUACUGUGACACCGCCAUCUACGACAACAGAGACUUCCACUGCCAGCUCUACGACUAUGACUCCUACAGUGCCUACCACCACUACCACUGUGACACCGCCAUCUACGACAAGAGAGACUCCUACUGUGCCUACCACUACUACCACUGUGACAUCACCAUCUACGACAAAAGAGACUUCCACUGCCAGCUCUACCACUACUACAGUGACGACCACGACUCCUACAGUGCCUACCACUACUACCACUGUGACACCGCCAUCUACGACAACAGAGACUUCCACUGCCAGCUCUACCACUACUUCAGUGACGACCACGACUCCUACAGUGCCUAGCACCACUACCACUGUGACACCGCCAUCUACGACAAAAGAGACUCCUACAGUGUCUACCACUGUGACACCGCCAUCUACGACAACAGAGACUUCCACUGCCAGCUCUACGACGACCACGGUGACGCCUACGACUCCUACAGUGGCUACCAACACUACCACUGUGACACUCCCAUCUACAACAAGGUUCACUGUGCACACGGGGCCCACUCUUAGUUCAACAACACCUGGAUCCCAGGUUGAAAACACAACAACACCAUCCUUUACUACAACACCCAAAUGUUUCUGCACAUACAAUAAUGUUACUUAUGCAGCAGAGUAUGUGAUUGUGAAAUACAAAUCCUACAAUAUCACGCUGGCAAGCGACAAAAAUAAAGUGGUCCAUGAAACAGAAAAAUAUGAAUUACCUUAA